UUUAUGCAGUUCACAAGCAAAGAAAAGGAAUCAAGCCAUUGUUCCAGUAGCCGCCGAUCCUGCAGAUUCGUUGCCGUCACUGGCCAAGGUUCGUUGGUCGUCUGCCAAGGGUUGAGCCAAGGAUUGAGAGGUGAACUGAAGUUCAGAAGGAGUACGAGAAGAUGAUCCUACCGUCAUCGUUUUUGGGAGAAACUAUGAGAUAACAUCAACAAAAAAAUAGGAAGAGAAGCUGUUUGAAUUAAUGGGUUUUGAGAGAUGAAUUUGAAGAAGCAGAAGUUCGAGAUGAACAGGGAAUUUGGGUUAUUCGAGUUACAUAAUUAUGGGCUAUGUUUGAAGUCAAAACAGGCAGCUUUAUUUCUUCUUUUCUCUUCUUUGUCCGUACAACCAAAAUGUGUUGUUCCUGUGGUCGAUUGUGGCAAUAAAUGGGGAUGAUUGAGACUAGUUUACACUGAAUGGAGUUAUGGGUUGUGUAUGAAUUUGAAUCUGCAGGAAUUGGAGAGCUAGAAGAGAUAAUUUCUUGAUAAACAGCAACAACAUCAGUUCCUGCUAAAAAGGUGUUCGAGAAAAUGCUUGAACCAGCAGCUAUACAUCUGAAACUGAGAAAGAAGGUCAAUUGAAGACGUUGUUGCCAUGGUACUGUUGAUGGGAAUGAGUGUAUGAAGUUUGUGCUCGAAAUGCAAGGUUUUGUUGCCAUAUACAACGAGUACAGUUUUGGAGAAUGUUGAAGCUGGAAAGAAGUGUUUGAGUCAAUGUUGGUAUUACAGGGAAAGCCUUGUGUUGUUGCUGCAGGAUGAGCUGAAAUGUUGAUAAUGGAUGCUGCAGCCGUGAGUGAUGACAAAUUAGUGAUCUCAGGGACAAAGAGACCAAGAUGGAGAUGACAAGGGAGGAACUGACUCGAAUUCGCUGGUCACAGUGGUUGACAAAUUUGAUGCUGUUCCAGGGAAAGAAGCUUGAACCGAGAGGAUGGGAUUGCAAUGGUGAGUGUUGGUUGUAAUUUCAGCCGAGAAACAAUGAGGUAGUACAUGACCUGUUGCUGGUGUUAUGGGCUAGUUCAGGCGAGAAAAUGGAGGUUGGUACAGGCAGUUAAGGUGAAGUAUUGAGCUGCUGAAUGAGUAAGGGAUAAGCCUUUAUAAUGUUGAUGUUCAUAAUCCAUGGUCAGAAUGGGUUGCCUGCAAUGGGUAGUGGCUGUGAAGGUCAGUGAAUGAAGUUGAUUGUGUAGGUUGGUUUGCAGUCGAGCUGAAGUGUUGCUGCUGUCCAUUGUGUUGAUCCUGUAGUGGAGUCGUAACUUGUAGCUAUUUAACAAGGGUUGCUGCUGGUUGGCCGUUGCUAGAAUGGUUGGCUGCAGUUAGUGGUUGGGAGGUUCCGGUGGAGUUAUCGGCAGCGAGAAGGAAGAACAGAAACAAGUGCGAUAUAAGAGUCUGGGUUAGGGCCUGUCUCAAUGUUGUGGAGACUAAGCCAAGUUUUGGCAAGCAAGAAAUCUGUCCAGGAAUUCUGCGCAGCUCCUGGCAAUGGUCCCAUGGCUAAGUACAAGGGUUUUCUGGCAAAGGCUAGGGCUCAUAUUUAGAAGCCAGCAUGAUGAGCUAACUUGGGUAACAUUUUAUUUCAGUUUUGGAGAAUUUUUGAGCGUGACAACAGCCCACUGAUUUUAACUUGGCCGAGAGUUUUGGGAGCUGAAUGGCCGAGAUUGAAAGUUUGCAGUAUUUGUGAAUGAUGAGGAUUGUUGGAGCUGUUUAGGUCGCGGAAUUGAGGGAAAGAAAGUUAUAAAUAGGAGGCGCAGAAACACAAAGAAAGCACCUCUUUUAUCACCAGUUUAGUGCCUGCAACCUGCUUGGGAGAAGUUCUGAUAGAGAAGAAGCUACACACAGCAACCUGAACCUGUUUUCUGAAGCAGCUGCUUAGUUCUUCACAGUGGUUUGCUUUCGAAAUCGUUUAGAUUCAAAACCUUGUUUACCUUGACUUUAUGAUUGUGUUUAUUCCAAAAACCAUGAGUAGCUAAUCUCAAUAUUGAUUGGGGAGGAUUUCAAAACUCCAAACAUGUUUUAUUUAUCAAUCUUAUGCAAGUUAUUCUUCCGAUAAAUAUUUUUUGUUGAUUGUCUUUUACCGUUCUUAUGACCAUGAGGUGUAUGCUUGGUAUCUAAGUGCGCAAUUAGGUAACUCGUAUGCAACUUUAAUGCUAGUAUUGAGAACUUUAAUCCGUAAUUGUUGGAGAGCUUAUUUUGGGUGGUUCAUUUAAUUAGAAUCCGCUAGAGAACUUAUUCUAUGUGGUGAUUUUUGGAGUCUAAAGAUUUGUUGAACUUAUAACUUGUCUUAAAGUUGUUAACAAUCAAAAUUAAUUGGAGGUAGAACUUGUAUGAUUAAUAAUAUCUUGUUCGGUAGUGGCGAAUGAAUCUCUAGUCAAUUCCAUCUCAUAAUUUGAAUUACAAUCUUUGAAAUCUUAAAAGUUUGUGUCUUUAAAUAACAAAAAUUUGUCUUAUAUAAUAACUUAAAAACUCACACCUCCCUGUGGAUUCGAACCCGACUUGUCUCACUACUUCUUUAUAGAAUUGUGUAGUAUAAGAGAAUUAUUAUUAAUAGGUUGACAACCUCAUCAAAAUUGGCGCCGCUGCCGGGGAGGCAGUGGUAGUAUUAAGUUGUUAUUUUUCUUUUUAGUUAUUCUUUGUUCUUUUUGUUUCACGUUUAGAUUACUAAUACAAUUUUUGAGAAUCCUAUUUUCAGGUACUAUUUCUUUGAUGAAUGCUUAAAGAGGGUAAACCAAGUCCAAUUGGUAUACGUCUUCGUUCGGGCACUUUACUAAAAGAUUUGAUUCGAGCAGUGAAUACUCCACUUCCUCCUAGUUCUACAUCAAGUGAAUUCUCGGACUCAGACAAAGAGGAAGACAACACAAUGGGAGGUCGACCACCUGCUCCAAGAACACUCAAGGAGCUCACUUCUCCAAACAUUGACCAGCAUCCUUUAUGUAUUCAGCUGAAUGGAACCAUUGAGUUGAAGCCGCAAUUGAUUCACUUGCUGCCCAAAUUCAGAGGUUUAGUGGGAGAAGAUCCUAAUCGUCACUUGCAACAAUUCCAUCAUGUUGUGACUAGUUUGAAGAAAGCAACUGCAGAUGCCGAUAUGGCUAUGAUGACAGCUUUUCCUUUCUCCCUUAUAGAUGCUGCAGGAGAGUGGUUCUUUUGCUUACCCUCUGGAAGUAUAACCACAUGGAAUGGGAUGAAGAAGUUAUUUCUUGAGAAGUAUUUUCUGGCAUCAAAAACAGCAGUGAUUCGUAAGGAAAUUUGUGGUAUUGUGCAAAUAUCAGGAGAGACUCUCUAUGAGUAUUGGGAGCGCUACAAGAAGCUUUUAGCUAGCUGUCCACGUCACCAAAUCAGUGAUCAACUUGUCAUUCAAUAUUUCUAUGAGGGGUUGCUUCCUAAUGAAAGACAUUUGAUCGAUGCCGCAAGUGGUGGUGCACUUACCAACAAGACCAUUGUGGAAGCUACAAGUUUGUUGGAGAACAUGGCUGCAAACACUCAACAAUUCUACACUCGAGGUGAACCAAUGGUAAAGAAGGUGAAUGAAGUUGGUGAUUCUUCACAUUUGGAACAUAGAAUGGGUAACAUGAAGAGGAUGAUCCAACAAAUAGCACAUGUCGUCAUACCAUCAUCACACACCGAAGAUGUUGAGCAAGCAAAUGCUAUGUACCAAAAUCUGCAAAGGCCAAGAUAUGACCCGUAUUCCAGAACAUACAAUCCAGGUUGGCGUGAUCAUCCUAAUUUCAGCUACACCAACAAGCAAGCUGCAGUUUCCAAUCCUUUAAAUCAACAAGGUGGGUACCAAUUCUUGCAAAAGCCACGUCAAGAAACUCAAGGCACGAGUAUAGAUGACAAGUUGAAUCUCAUUCUCAACACAAUGGCGCAAGAUAAACAAAAGGCAGAGAUGGAUAUGAAGGACAUGCGAACACAAAUGGGUCAACUACCUGCUACCGUGAGCAAAUUGGAAGCACAAGCAGUUGGAAAAAUUCCUUCGCAACCGUUGAACCAUAAGGAGAAUGUCAAUGCUAUUGAUCUAAGAAGUGGGAAGCAAGUAGAAAAGCCGACACCAUCACCAGAGCACCAUGAAUCCGUUGUAGAGCAACAAGAGGAUGAAACAACCCCAAACAAGGUUGAUUUGAUACCAAAUUCUCACUCUAAACCUCUUGUUUCUACUAAUGUCACUUCUCCUCCUUUUCCUAAUAGGUUUGCAAAGUCCAAGAAGAAGACACUAUACAAAGAGAUUUAUGAGAUCUUCAAGAAUAUCCAAGUGAACAUACCACUCCUUGAGGCGAUAAGGCAAGUUCCUCGCUACGCAAAGUUCUUGAAGGAAUUAUGCACUAACAAGCACCAAUUGGUCGGUAAUGAAGUUAUGUACAUGGGCACCUAUCCUUGAAUUGAAACAUCUUCCGGAUCACCUCAAGUAUGUUUAUUUAGGUGAUAAGGAAGAGUUACCGGUGAUUAUUUCCAAAGGCCUUACCAAGGUGCA